GGAGACAAGGGGGGUGUUGCGGGGGGGUCCCCGUGCCCGUGCCGAGGCGGCGGCGGUGAGGAAGAGGAAGAGCGAGCGUAGCUAAGACCCAGCGGGCUCUGCGGGCAGCGGGGCGGGCGGAUCGCAGGCAGCGGCUCCAUCACCAGCACAGAGAAAGGGGAAGAGGAGGAGGAGAAGGGAGGGAGGAAGGAAGCAGGGCCGGGCCCCCCCUCCCAGGGAUGGACAUGGCCUGACCGGGCCCCGCAGCCCCCCGCGGCCCGGUGCAGGUUUGCGGGCGGCGGCUCCCCCUCCCUCCCCGGGCCGCAGCCCCCUCCCCAUGGCGCUGUAACCGGCGAGGGGCCGCGGCGACCGGCGGCGGCGGCGCUGGUGGUGCUGGUGGUGCCGGUGGUGCUGGUCGCAGCGGUGGUGGUUCCGGUGCUCCCGGUGGCCGCGGCGGGCGAUGCGCGGCAGAGCCCCGGUGCCGGCAUGCUGAGGACAGAGGCAGGCGGCGGGGGGUCCCCCUCCGGGGCAGCGCCGGGCGGCGGGGGUCUCCGGAGCGCGUCCCCGCACCGCAAUGCCUACGAGGCCACCAUCCAGGCCCUGGCGCCCACAAAGGAGGCCGAUGGUGAAGAUGGCAAGAAAAGCCGGGGUAAGAAGUAUGGCUCCAACGUUCAUCGCAUCAAGAACAUGUUCCUGCAGAUGGGGACGGCGCCCGGCCCCGAGGGCGCCUGCGACCUGGCCAAGGCCAAGGAGAAGCCGGUCCGUCUGUCCUUGCCCCGGGCUGGCAGCCUCAGCGAGAGCAUGGACCAGGGCAACCUCCUCAAGCUGGGCACCAGCGUCUCCGAGAGGGUCAGCCGCUUUGACUCCAAACCCGACAAACCCUUCUCCAAGCUGCAGGAGACCCGUAAGAUCUUUGAGAGGAGCCCACAGGAGAAAGCCACCACCACCAAGCUCUUGCUACGUAAGGAACGAGCUGGUUUCCAGGACCGUAAGCUGGACGUGGUGGUGAGGUUCAAUGGCAGCACCGAGUCCUUGGACAAGCUGGACACUGAAGCCGUCUCGCCCACUGUCAGCCAGCUCAGUGCUGUCUUCGAGAAGGCCGACCUCCGGAACAACCUCCACAAGGCGCAGGGGCGAGCGGGAGGGCCGCUCAGCACCAAGGUGGUGGGCAAGCGACCCCGGGUCUUCUUGCCGAGCACUGAGGCUGGCCGGCCGGGUGAUGGCCAUGCUGCCCAGCCCCGCGCCCGGCCACCAGAGGAGGAGAAGACAGCGGGGAAGAGCGCCCGACUGGCAGAGAAGGAGCCAUCUGCCCCUCGGGUGCAGGAGGUCUGCAAGAUCAAGCCGGUGGAGGUGGAGGAGAGCGGUGAGGCCGAGAAGGAGGAGGCAUCGGCAGUGGCGGAACCGGUGCCCAUGCGCCAGCCGGCCAAGGGGUCCGAGGACCUGGCGCCCAUCACCCCCCGCCUGGACAGGGGCUCUGGUGUGGCCGCGGGUGAGGAGGGCGUCAAGGGUGAGCAGGCGGAGGAAGGCGAUGCCUACGAGGAGGCCAAGAAGGAGGACUUCUCCGAGGGGGACCUGGUGGACAUAAGUGCCUACAGUGGGCUCGGGGAGGACUCGGGGGGCAGCGGGCUGGAGGAGGAGGAGGAGGCCGAAGGGCUCUAUGAGCCCGAGUCAGGUUGUGUGGAGAUCCCAGGGCUAUCGGAGGAAGAGGAGCCCGUCCCCAACCGCAAGAUCCAGUUCAGCACAGCUCCCAUCCAGGUCUUCAGCACUUACUCCAACGAAGACUACGACCGCCGCAAUGAAGAUGUUGACCCCAUGGCUGCAUCGGCUGAGUAUGAGCUGGAGAAGAGGGUGGAGCGACUUGACCUCUUCCCUGUGGAGCUGGAGAAAGACUCGGAAGGGCUGGGGAUCAGCAUCAUCGGCAUGGGCGCGGGGGCCGACAUGGGUCUGGAGAAGCUGGGCAUCUUCGUCAAGACGGUGACGGAGGGGGGGGCUGCCCACAGGGAUGGCAGGAUCCAGGUAAAUGAUCUCAUUGUGGAGGUGGAUGGUACCAGCCUGGUUGGGGUGACGCAAAGCUUUGCCGCCUCCGUCCUCAGGAACACCAAGGGCCGUGUCCGGUUCCUCAUUGGGCGGGAGAAGCCAGGGGAGCAGAGCGAGGUGGCACAGCUGAUCCAGCAGACACUGGAACAGGAGCGGUGGCAGCGGGAGAUGAUCGAGCAGCGCUACACCCAGUACACCGAGGAUGACGAGGAGACGGGCGAGUACGCCACGGAUGAGGAGGAGGAGAUGAGCCCCAUGUUCCCCAGCGGCGAGAUGGCCAUCGAGGUGUUCGAGCUGGCUGAGAAUGAGGACACGCUCUUGCCCGUGGAGAUGGACCCUGAAAAGCUGGUGCACAAGUUCAAGGAGCUCCAGAUCAAACAUGCCGUCACUGAGGCUGAGAUCCAGCAGCUGAAGAGGAAGAACCUGGAGCAGGAGAAGGCGCGCUGGCGGGCAGAGAAGGCCCGGCUGGAGCAGAGUGUGGAGGAGAACAAGGAGCGGAUGGAGAAGCUGGAGGGGUACUGGAUGGAGGCACAGAACCUCUGCCAGGCCGUGGAUGAGCACCUCAAGGAGACUCAGGCGCAGUACCAGACCCUGGAGCGCAAGUACAGCAAGGCCAAGAGGCUCAUCAAGGAGUACCAGCAAAAGGAGAUCGAGUUCCUCAAGAAGGAGACAGCGCAGCGGCGGGUGCUGGAGGAGUCGGAGCUGGCGCACAAGGAGGAGAUGGAGAAACUGCAGGAGAAGAUCUCCGAACUGGAGGCCAAGCUGCAGACUUUGAAAAAUUCCAACCCGACUUAAGUCACCCUCAAACCGCAGCGAUAUCGGGGGGGUCCCCCCCUCCUCCCUCACCCCCAGUCCUGUCCCUCCCCCCCCCAAAACCUCUUCCCCAUCGGGGAGGAGGUGAGACCCCGCCAAAGCCUCCUGGUGCCCCCACCUCCCCCCUGGGUGCACAGACGUGUGCAUGUGUGUGUGGGGCAAGGUGUGUCUCGGGGCGGGGGGGAGGAAUUUGGGGGGGGGCACACCUCACCUUAGUGUCUGUGUCCAGUGUGAGUCUCGUGGUAACGUGAUGGACCAAUGGGGUGGGGGAACGGCCCCCCCCAGGCUCCCCCCCUCCCCUCGAAGUGACACCCCCCCCCCAGACACAGAGCUGGCACUUGGUUGGACGGUGGGGGAGAGGCCGGCAGAAAUGUCCCCCCCCCCCCCCCCGAAUGUGAGCUAUACUGGGGAGCAAAGGGAGGCUAUGCUGGAAGCCCCCCCACCCCCAGCUACUCUUGGGACUCACCUGAAGCACUGGUUGGGGGGGCGGUUGCCUUUGGGCCCCACCUCAUGUCCUCGAUCCCAGCCCCACAGUGGGAUGCCCCCACACCAUGGUUGGGUGUGAACGGGGGACCCCAAGUGCCCUUCCCCCCCGCGCUGGACAGGAGGGACCCUCUCAGCCUUUGCCAACCCCUGAAGUGGGCAUGGGGGGGGCCCGGACCCCCACUUUUAAGGGGCACGGCCGAGGGGCUGCCCCCCAGCACCCACUGCUGUCCGAGCCCAGGGCUUUCACCUUCCUUGAGUGGGGGGGGGCACACAUGGGGGUUCCCCUCCAGGGUGGGGGCGAUGCUCUCAUCCCCCAACUGUAAAUACCCCCUUGACCCCCAAUAAAUCACAGUAUUUCUCGGGGCUGGGACGCCCCACCCACUGGCCACCCCCAAGCCUGGUCGAGGGGUCCCGGACCCUCGGCCCAGGGGGGGAACCCCUUUAUUUUUUGUUUCUACUUUGCUCCCCCCCCGUCCUCCCCCCUUUCACUCCCCUCCCCCCCCGAAGUCUCCGACAGUAACUGGAUGUGGGGGCAACUGGGAGCCAGAGCUGGUUAUACUGGGAGGGGGAGGAGGGAGGCACGCGGGGGGGCGGGGGGAGGGGAUCCGACUGGAUUGGAGCCACUUGCGGGGGGGGAGUAUUUAAGGGGGGGGGGAGCGAGCCCCGGAGGGGUGCUGGGUUAUUUAAGCUCACAGUGUACCGUGUAUAUACUAUAUAUAUCUGUACAAUGGA